AUGGCGGAGACGGCGCCCGGGAACAUAGUAAAAGAGGGUUGGUUGCUGAAGCGAGGUGAGCACAUCCGCAACUGGCGCGACCGUUACUUCAUCCUUUUCGACAAUGGUGACUUGAUGGGGUUCAAGGCGCAGCCCGAGCGCAACAACUACCGAGAUCCCCUAAACAAGUUCACAGUACGUGACUGCCAGAUCAUGGCAGUGGAUAAGCCACGUCCUAACGUGUUCACCGUCAGAGGGCUACAAUGGACCACAGUCAUAGAGCGCAACUUCGCCGUGGACUCCGAAAAAGAACGUGAGGAGUGGGUUGCAGCUAUCCGCUAUGUCUCGUCUCAACUGAGUGGUGGCAUGAGCACAGGAAGUGGAGAUGAAGCGGGCGCUGGUGGACCGGGAUUAGGGGAGGGAGAUGAUCGUGACAUAGCACAGCUAGGCACCAGCUUCAGGGAUCCUCGUCGUAUUACCCUAGAGAAGUUUGAGUUUGUGAAGGUGCUGGGCAAGGGCACUUUUGGAAAAGUGGUGCUCAGUAGAGAGAAGGGAACAGGAAAGCUGUAUGCAAUGAAAAUCUUGAAAAAGAACCUUAUUUUGAAAAAAGAUGAGCUUGCGCACACAAUAACGGAGAACCACGUCUUAAAGAAGACCAAACACCCGUUCCUGACGUCGCUUCGCUACUCCUUUCAAACGGCGGACCGAGUCUGCUUUGUGAUGGAAUAUGCUAACGGUGGAGAACUAUUCUUCCACCUCUCGCAUGAGCGCUCGUUCAGCGAAGAGCGGACACGAUUCUACGGCGCCGAGAUUGUCUCCGCUUUGGGAUACUUACACUCGGAGGGCAUCAUCUACCGCGAUCUAAAACUGGAGAAUUUACUACUCGACAAGGAUGGCCACAUCAAGAUCGCUGAUUUUGGACUAUGCAAGGUGAACAUCACCUACGGUCGCACUACUAAGACGUUCUGCGGCACGCCCGAGUACCUCGCGCCUGAGGUACUGGAGGACACGGACUACGGCCCAGCCGUGGAUUGGUGGGGCACUGGGGUGGUGCUCUACGAGAUGGCUUGCGGUCGACUGCCGUUCUAUAACCGCGAUCACGACGUGCUGUUCUCUCUGAUUCUUGAGGAGGAGGUGCGCUUCCCCCGCACAGUGUCCUCAGCGUGCCGUGCGCUACUAGCAGCGCUAUUGACCAAGGAACCCUCGCGUCGCCUCGGUGCGGGCCCCCAAGACGCGCUCGAGAUCAUGAACCACCCGUUCUUCGCGACCAUCAACUGGGCGGAUCUACUAGCAAAGAAGAUUCCGCCGCCCUUCAAACCCCAGGUAGAUUCGGAUACGGACACGCGCUACUUCGACUCGGAGUUCACCGGCGAGUCGGUCGAGCUGACUCCGCCCGAAAGUGAGUCCUUGACGAGGAAUCCGUUGGAGUUCCCGCAGUUCUCUUACCAGGACAUUUGCUCCUCCGCGCAUUCGACCCUUUCGCAUGCGUCGCACCACUCUCUGCUGCCCGAUCGACGCCACUAG